AGCUUAGCGAAAUGUAAACCCUUGCAUUAUCGGCGCUCCGCCAAAUGUGCUCGGGUCUUGUCGAUUUCCGUGGUGAAAAGCCGGGGAAUCAUGUCUUCGGCUGCCGAUCGGAGCAGCAGGGGUCUCGCAGCCAUCGUGGGCUGCCUUGUGAGCGAUGCAGCAGCCCAGCCUCUACACUGGAUCUACAACUUGGACAAACUGGAUUCCAUCGUUGGAUCGAACACCGACUCUCUGGAAUUCUGGGAACCAUCGCAGAAUCCCUACUAUCGCAUCGAGACUGGGCGGGGGACUGCAUAUGCGGACCACACGAUCGCGUUAAUGGAGUCGCUAGUGGCGUGCGAAGGGUAUGACAAGGCCGACUUCGGGGAUCAUCUCCAGGCAAUGUUUGGUCCGGGCACCGACUACGAUAACGACCUCAACAAGACCUUUGUCCUGAAGAGUGGUGUCCAGUCGGGGUACCCGAUCAACGGGCCGUGGAGACCCAAGGCGAUCAAGGACUUCCUGGCUAAUCGAGCGGAGGGCAAGGAGAGGACAGGAAGUGACCAUAUGCACGAUAUGCAUGCAGUGGUCGGGGUAGUGCCCAUGGUGGCCCUCUACGCGGGCAGGAGCGACAUGCUGGAGAAGGUGGAAGAGUCCAUCGCCGUGGUGACCGAGGUUGAGGAGGCGAUUGUCGUUGGUUUGGCCGCUGCCAGAGUCCUGGAGCAAUUUAUCCUCAACCCUGACAUGGACGGGGACGCGGCCCUAACAGCCGUCAUGACGGACCUGGCCAGUCCGAGUCGGAACAACCCCACUGACCUGGACCGAGCUGUCAUCGGUCAGCUGAAGAAGGUGAUGGACAAGAAAGCUUGCGAGCACCGUGAAGCGGCACAGAAAUACUUCCUGAAUAACUUACCAGGGGCCUUCCAGUCGGCCCUGCAUUGCCUGGUGAACCACUCGGAGCUAGCACCAGCCGUCCGGACCACCAUGAUGGCCGGGGGAUGCAAUGCCAGCCGCUCUGGGUUCAUCGGGGCUUGCCUCGGGGCACGGAAUGGCCUUCAAGGUAUUCCAGAGACGUGGAAAUCCAAGACUCUGGCCUACCCCAGAAUCCUGGAGCUUUCUCGGAAGCUCGUGGCAAUCCAACCGACCGAUUAAGUCUGGUCCUCCAGCUGGGCAAGUGCAAUGGCGUAUCAUCCCGAGACUCUCUGGAGAAUUGAUGAUGAAAUUGGAGCAAAUGCAUUCACUGUGCGCCUCCGAUUUCUGACGGCUGUCUCCUCUGUUUCACGAAAAUACCCCCCCCCACAUCCACCGGCUGAAUUUGGUACCCCUGCUUUUCAGAUGCAUCUUUGUUUCUGAAUGGCAUCUUAAUCAGCAUGAUCUGGUCCUUCUUUGAAACAUUUUUUCUUUUAAUUUAUGUGACACCAUUGUUUCUAUGCUUAUAGCGAUUUAUAUUGUAAGACGUCUUUUUGUCAGAGAUGCCAUUUUCAAGGAGCGUUAUAAGGCUGUUCCGAUUAUUCAAUCGAUCAUCGAAUAUUCGAAUAAUAUUUUUUGAAUUUGAAUAUUAAUAUGCAAAUUAAUGAAAAGGGAGAAUUUUCUUUUGCU